UCCUUAUAACCGUGCAUGUGACGAAUACAAAUCUUGAAUCUUGAAUUUUGAUGAGAGGACGACAGGGGACGGACAUUCUUGAGGAAGUGUUAUUGGAUUAUAUUUGUCCAGAUACAAUGGUCUAAAAUGAAAAAAAGUUUCCUGGACUUUUUCCUUUAUAAACACAGAAAAAGAUCUGACAUGAUUUGUCUUACAUUCAUUUUCAAAAGACUGCUAUUUUAAUAAGAGUGUGUAGCAUGUAUUUUGUUUUUACUUUGUAUUUUUUAACAAAGUAUCUCUGUAUUUCGUCUGAAAUACGUUAAGGCAGCAAUCAUAACUGGAAAGUUAUUUUUAACAUCUAUUACAAGAACUUCAAUCUUCAGAAUAUGAUGCAAACCCACAUGGUACAGGCUACACCCAUUCCUCAAGAAAAACUUACAUUUUGGCAACUUCCUUUUGUUCUAUACUAGAUUCAUGAAAACAAAAAUAACAUUUUAUUUAUUUAGCAUAUUUAGUUUUGACUUUUUCGAAAUGAGUCAUUAUUUACUCUAGUAGCAGUAACUAGAAAACAAGCGCCAGUGGGGCCAGUUUAAGUUGAACUUACGUCACUUCAUCAUAUUUGCAGUAUUUGGUCUUUUCUGCAGCUCAGCAGUAGCACUUCCUCUAAGAGACACUGUAAACUUCAACCUGAACACAAGUUUAACCUGAACACAGUUCAACAAGCUGAAGAAUGAAGACACUGCUGCUGUCUCUGCUCUGUCUGUGUGUGUGGAGUCAGUCCACAGAAGCUUUAACUGAUCAGCAGGUGCUUCUAGGACACAAUGUGACUUUAGCCUGUGAGUUUAAAUGUAAAGCCGCUAUAUGGUUUGUGACAAAACUACAAGCUCGUCCAGAGAUGAUAAUGCGAACCUUUGGAUCCACCGAACAGGCAAAAUAUUACCACUACAAAUUCAGCAGCAAAUAUUCAGAGGGUGGCAGGAGCCGCUUAAUAAUCAAUACAGUUAGUGUUGAUGAUUUAGGAAUUUAUUACUGUAUAAAACCAGGGAAUGAUCUACAGAUCAGUGUCAGUGAUGGUAUCAGACUGCACACCGCUGAAUCUCCCCGAAGCCACGAUGAACCAGAGCAAAAUAAUCCACCACAAGAUCAGAUUCCCAUCAUUAUUUUAAGUCUGUUGACUGUUGCGCUGUUUGCUGCCGUGAUAGGUCUAUUAAUGAUGAACCAUAAACUGUCUAAGAAAAUUCCUAAAUAUGUCAAUUUUCAUCAGAUUUCUACAAUGAAGUUUGGUGAGAAUAACAGAGGAAAAACAGAUCCUUUAUAUCUAGAGGUGCUGCCAAAUAUCUAGAGGUCCUGUGUGAAACAGUGAUUUGUUGCUGUUUGCUUCAAAUGAACAGAAUUCUGCGCUGCUUAAACAUGUAAUGAAAUUAUUUGGGCUUGUCUGUUCAUAAUAAAACAUGACUAAAAUCUGUCUGCAAUUAAAAUGUCCAUCAAGUUUUAUAAUAGCAUUUGCUUUUGAGUAAUAUGCUUUGUAAUGUUUUUUAUUAUUUUUUUAUGUCUUUCUGAGUUGCUAAAAUCUGAUUGUAUUGGGAUGCAGUAACAGUAAGAGUUUAUUCGCUCUCCUGUUUGAUCAUGUGGCAGUGAAUGUAAUAUGUGAAUGUAACAAACACACAGCUUUUCAUUUCACAAGACAUUAACUGAUGGA